UUAUUACAACAAUCUAUGCUCAUAUGGAUUCUUGAAGAAAUACAUCACCUUUUAGAUGAUGAGGAUAUUUGGAGUUGUAUAAUUAUCUGGGGAAUUGGACAGCAUUCAAUUUUAAUGAACACUAAUAUGACUGACUGGUCAAGCCUUGAAUUUUUACCUUAUUUGUUACAUUUUAAAACAAUAGACAAUGAUGCGAUUCAUUAUUAUCUAAACACCACUAGCAUAGAAUCCCAAAAUCCAUCCCUAGUCUCAUUAUAUGAUUCUAUAUUAAUAAACCACACUCAUGCUUCUUUUAUAGCAGAUUGGAUAGAUAAAGGAAAAUCAAUUAUGUCAACUCCUAAACCUAAAAAACACUCUAAUCGCUUCUUAUUCCCAUUUUUCAAACGCAAAAACAAUUCUAAAAACAUUUCAUCUUCGCCAUCAAAGAAAACUCAUUAUACAUUGGAUCUGCUUUUCCGAAUGACACGCGAUGGUCCAUCUACGUAUCAUGACAGAUGUUUGAAACAAGGUCCAACUUUGGUCAUAGCAAAAAUACGUUGUCACUCCAAAACAAUUAUUGUGGGUGGAUAUAAUCCUGUAGGAUUUAAUUAUUCUUUCAACAUUGAUAUAUCAUCACUUUCACAAACCUUCAUAUUUUCUUUUGGAAAUGGUGAAGGAUUAGAAAAACUCUCAAUGGUUAGAGUUCAGACUGAUUGGUCAAGAAUGGCCAUAAAAUUUUCUAGUGUCGGCCUUUGUUUUGGAUAUGAUGAUUUAACCAUUAAUUUUAAGGAAAGAAGUUGUGAAUUUAAUAAAUAUUUCUCUGAACUUGUGGAAUGUGAAACUUCUGAGCUUGUAGAUU